GAACAGCUGCAGUGCACUGAGAGAAUGUUACCGGGACACAAUGUGGAUUUGUUUUAGAUCAAACUAAGCAGUGCAUCAGACAACAUUGGGGCUGUACAGUGCACAUCAGCAGAGCUGUCAUUUACUUUGGAGUUUUUAUCCAAGUGAACAUUAAUGUACUUAAUGGAGAUUUGCAUUAAAUAUUGUUUGUGAGUCCAGCUGAAGUUCUUACUAAGGACAAAAGGAGCAUAUAGGAGUUUUUCAGCCUGGAGUCUGCUGCUUUUGCUGGAAGAGCCUCUGAUUACUCUCUACUGGAUGCAGCUGUUGUGUAGUUAUUAGGAUCACCUGUGCCUCUAAGUGUAACUUAGAGGUAAGAUGAGCUUGGUAAAUUGCAGCUUGUGAGAGUAGCUAGGACCAUAUGAGCAAAGUAUCUUUCUAGCAAUAUAUUCAAUAGGGGUUUGAUUUUCUUUGGAAUUUCUGCUUGUUUCAGUAUCUGGACCUGCUUACUAGGAAUGAUAGGAAAGGCUGACAAAUUCUGUAAUUUCUAUUUGUAGUAGGUGGUAAGAGGUGCCAUAAAUUGAGAGUGGAAGUUGGCACCAAAGGAAUCGAACAUAGCUGGCACUUGUAGAGGUGAGCUGAUACCCUGGCACAGUAGAUGGCAUUGCACAGUUAGAAACAGCUGCUUCGUUUCUUAGGGGGCAGAUAAGACAGUACAACGCUGCUGGCAUAUUUAGGAGAUUGCAAGUCCAGUAACAGCUGGUACAAUUUGGGCAAAUUGAAUUCCUGGCAUGGUUAGGUGCAGCCUUCACAUUUUAGAAGGCGCACUGAAAACCUGCGAAGGAAGCCGCUGGUGGCAUAAUCAGUAGUGUGCACUGAACAUCUGGCACAGUGAAGUAUAGUUCAUAGUAGCUGGCACAGUUAAAGGGGUGCACUUAAAACCUAGCACAAUCAGGUUAACUGGCACAUUAAGGGGUGAACUGAAGACCUAGAACAGUCAGCUGUAAUUGGCACUUUUAUGGUGCACAAUGAAGAUCUAGCACAGGCAAGUGUGACUGGCACAUUUAGGAAGGUAUAGUGAAACCUUGGCACAGUUAGGCACAGCUGGCACAGUUAGAGAGUUUUAUAGAAGACCAAGCACUGUGAGACGAAGCUGGUAUAUACGAGGUAACAAUGAAGGUUUAGUACAGUCAGCUGGCACAAUUAAUAGGGGGAUACUGAAGACCUGGUUACGUCAAGCUGCUUCAGAACUAGCACACCCAGGGUUAGCUGGCACGGUUAGGAGGGGUAGGCUUAAGAUCUAGCUUGGUCUAGUGGGCACAGUAAGGGUGCAUAUGAAACCUAUCGCAGGCACGCACAGCUGACAUAAUUAGGAGGGAAAACAAGAGACCCUGUACAGUCUUGCACUGCUGGUACAGUUACAAGGCUGCUGUAGAGAAAUUCCAGUCACUUGGUACUGAACCUACUAAGGGUUAAGUGUGGCAGCACUUUAUAUAGCAAGACGGAGACCUAUAUCACCGAGGAUGCACAAGGCUUGCCGCAACACCACACCAGAUGUUAGGACAGUGGGCAAGCAAUGUGCCACCCAGCGGGCAUCCUGGCACCUAUUGACACUGCUCCUUACCCUGCUACUGCGUUGCGCUAAAGCCCAGGAUCCUGAAGACACAUUGGAGACCGGCUCUGGGCAGAGUGUAGAAGAAGUAAACUUGCUAGAGUCUCUUACAUUAUACUCUGCAAAUCUUCUAAAUGUCACACUCCAUUCUGAAAAUGACUGCCUCUCCUUGGAGAUGGGACAGUACUCUACUCUCAGCAUACCAACCCGCACGGCUUUUGGGGACAGUUUUGCAGAUGAGCUGUCUGUGCUGGCGAUGCUACGAUCAUCUCUUGGAGAGGACACAAGUCUGGUUACCAUCCUGAGUCUGCAUGGAAAGGUGUUAUUCGAGAUCCGAAUAACCCCAAAUGCCUUUAUCUUCAUAUCCCACCGCCGUGGACACUAUGAGUUCCCAAUGCCCUACCUCACUGACGGCAAAUGGCAUCGCGUGGCACUCAGUAUCUCUGCUAAAGGAGUGACGCUGUACGUGGACUGCAAACUGGUGGAAAAACUCCAUUGGUUUAACUUUUUCGGUUUAGGAGUCAACACUGACGGAAUAUUGAUGCUUGGAGGACUUAUUGAUCCGUUUGAAAUUCCUUUUAAGGGCUCCCUACAGCAGCUGAUCUUUGUUAUGGGAGAUCCAUGGGCAGCCAAGAACUUCUGUAAGAGCAACAAUAAAACUUGUCUGAGCAGCUUUCCAGCUGAUCAGUUCUUGAACUUGUCUCAGAGUGAGCGCAGAAGGCACCCAGAUUGGAUGUCCAAGACUGCAUUGGGAGGAGCUGUGUCCUCAGGAGAUGCGCUGAACAAUACUGCGCUGUCGCCGGUGUUGGAGGGCACACUGGCAGCGAACACAUCUCAGAAGGAGUCCAGUCGGUACUGGCUUGGUAACGAGCUUCUAGAAGGCGAAAAUAUAAUCAAGGAGAGUGAUUUGUCAGAACUUAAAAAUGAGGGGUUCAUCUUAUCAAACCGCCAGAACCUAGACCAUAACACCCUGCCGACUAGAAAAGAUGAUAACUAUAAAAAAUUAGACCCUACGGAUGAAAACAUCACUGUGGAGAAACACGAGAAGACUCCAGGAAUAGAAGACCAUGCACCAUCUGUCAAAAGCACUAAUGACAUCAUAGAUCUUACUAAAGACUCCUAUUACAUCAAAUCUAGCCCACUGCCUCCACCAAAAACAACUACUGGUACCUUCAACGUUACUCCAAGUCCAACAACACCUCCUGAAGAGAAGGGUAGAAUAGGAACAACACCAGUACUUACCUCUUACAAUGACACUGACACUCAAAGGGUUAAUGGCAUUAUUGACCGUUCCAAGGAUCAUACAUCGCCCACAGAAGAGAGACCAAAGAAAAAAGCUGUAAGGGGUCCCCCAGGACCACGUGGUGCCCCAGGCUGUCCUGGAAGACCUGGAUUUUAUGGACCAAAAGGAGACAAGGGGGAUCCAGGUGUCAUGGGACGUGUAGGGAUGACAGGGAACCCUGGGCCCCGGGGGCCACCAGGAUUACCAACAAUAAUGAUCUGGGGCAACUCAAAGGAAGACUGGGAAGCAUUCUAUCACACGUCGUUCUAUCAGCUGCUGCACGCAGGCUGGCCUAGAAGUCGUGGUCCUGUUGGUCUUCCUGGAAUUGCUGGAAAGCAAGGGGCUCCGGGUCUAAGUGGACAACCGGGGCGACCAGGAUUGAAAGGGCAUCGUGGUCACAUGGGCUUGGAGGGAGCUAAGGGGCUUCAAGGCUUCCCUGGAAUUCCUGGCAAAGAUGGAACACCUGGGUUAGAUGGGAAAACAGGAUUACCUGGAGUACUAGGAGAGCAGGGUCCACAAGGGUUUAAGGGAGACCAUGGGCACCCAGGAGAGAAAGGGGAGGACGGAUAUGUUGGGGCUCCGGGACCCUUUGGGGAAAAGGGUUUCAAAGGCGUUAAGGGUAUAAAGGGAGAGCCUGGCCCACCUGGUCUGACUGGGGUGCAGGGUCCAAUGGGAACAAAAGGAUCUGUAGGAUUCCAAGGUCCUCCUGGGCUAAUGGGGGAAGCCGGAACUCCCGGUGUUCGAGGGCAGCCAGGCCCAGAGGGAGAACAAGGGCAGCCGGGAUUUCCUGGAGCUCAAGGAGUGAAUGGGUCGCAGGGUGACCAGGGUCCUGCAGGGGUCGCUGGGCAUCGUGGCCCUCCAGGACCUCGAGGAAUUGACGGGUUACGGGGACCCCCAGGACCAAGAGGACCUCAGGGAGUGAUGGGAAAGGAGGGACCACAGGGGCCAAAAGGAGAAAUGGGAGAAUUUGGACCAAUGGGGAUACGAGGGGAAAGGGGUCUUCCAGGCCCCAUGGGAUUAAUUGGUUGGCCAGGUCAAGACGGCCAUUCUGGAGAUAAGGGUCGUGCUGCUACAAAUGGAGAGAAGGGGGACCAAGGCCCUAAAGGAGAAAAGGGAUUGUAUGGAUACUCCGGUGUUAAAGGUCCUCCUGGCCAGCAGGGGCAAAUUGGUUUUGUGGGAUUCCCAGGACAUAAAGGGCAGAUUGGACCAAAAGGAGAAUUAGGUGAAGAAGGACAGAUAGGACCACUUGGUUCAAAUGGCAGCGAUGGGUCAAAGGGAAACCGUGGCCCAGAGGGACCGAAGGGUGUGAUUGGACCAAAAGGAAACCGGGGCCGCACAGGGCAGAGAGGUCUUGUGGGGAUGCCAGGAGCAGCGGGUCAACGUGGUAUUCAAGGUCCAGAUGGCGCAGAAGGACUCCCUGGUACACAGGGACCUGCUGGUGCUCCAGGUAAUCCUGGCAUAAGAGGACUGGCCGGUCCCUUUGGACCUCGUGGGGACAUUGGCAGAGAAGGACCACCUGGUGCAACAGGCCCUUCUGGUAGACCAGGGUUGGACGGUGAACCUGGAAAUCCAGGAGAGAGAGGUUUUACUGGGAAGCAUGGCCUAGAAGGACCCCAGGGACCAGUGGGCAUGUAUGGUCUCCCAGGUCCUACAGGGGUGAGAGGACAAAUAGGACAUCCAGGGGACAAGGGGGAAAUCGGACUUCAAGGAGAAAGAGGAAAGACAGGGAAACUUGGAUUAAAGGGUCCUGUUGGCCCACGGGGUGAAAGAGGACCUCCUGGACUCCAGGGUCGGUUGGGUGAACCAGGUGCCCAGGGAUUGCCAGGGAACCCAGGCCCUCCAGGCAAUCCAGGAUCAGAUGGAGGACCUGGUAAGAUUGGGUCUCCAGGAGUACCAGGACCAGAAGGAAUUCAAGGGGCCCGAGGCCCAAUGGGAUACCCAGGUCGAGAAGGACCACAAGGACCUGAAGGACCACCUGGGGAGAAAGGUGACAAAGGGACAGUUGGCCCUGUCGGUAAUCAGGGAGUAAGGGGGCUGGAUGGGGAGCAGGGGGAACCGGGCUCUACAGGCAGCGAGGGGCCAGCAGGCUUAAAAGGAGAGCAGGGAGACCCAGGUCCUCCAGGAAGUCCUGGUCUUUUUGGACCUUUAGGUGACCCAGGAGAGAGGGGACUUCAAGGUCUGCCAGGGGCCCCCGGUGAUCCAGGCAAGGAGGGAGAUGUUGGAGACCCUGGAGAUGUUGGUGAUCCUGGGAAUCAGGGAGAAAAGGGAGAUACUGGACCACUGGGGCUCCCUGGAAACGCAGGACCAAGUGGCAUUAUGGGAGGAAAUGGAAUUCGGGGACCAAAGGGGGAAAAAGGACAAGCAGGACUUAUGGGCCAACCAGGGCCAAUGGGUGGUCUAGGACCUCCAGGAGCACAAGGUGAAAUGGGAAACACUGGAGUCCACGGAGCUACAGGCUCAGAUGGCCCUCAAGGGUUGAAGGGUGAAGCUGGCACCCCUGGAGUAACAGGACACCCUGGCCCCCAAGGACCAAUGGGCUCUUUUGGUUUGAAGGGAGAAAAAGGGGCACCGGGUCAAGCUGGACUCUCGGGAUCUAAUGGACAUCCUGGGAAUAAAGGUGUGGAAGGGUCACCAGGGCCCAUUGGGCAGAAGGGAAACAAUGGUGAUGUCGGAAGUAAAGGCGAGCAAGGGGUACAGGGGGAACCCGGUCUUGCAGGAGAAACAGGAGCAGCAGGGAUACCUGGAAGAGAGGGAUCCCCUGGAGAAAAGGGACCACCUGGAGAUGCAGGAGUACCAGGACAGACGGGAUCCAGUGGAAAUUCAGGGCAAGAAGGAAGAAUUGGACAAAAAGGAGAAAAGGGUGACAGAGGAAAUGAUGGCCGACUUGGCAGAGCGGGAAGUCCAGGAAGAAAGGGCAAGAGAGGGAAAAUGGGCCCUAGACCACCGCGAGGAACUCAAGGUCCAAAGGGGUCAGCAGGGGGCCAAGGGCCAGCUGGGCCAGAAGGACCACGAGGACCAUAUGGUCUUCCAGGGCUAAGAGGUCCAAAAGGAGAUCCGGGACUCAAAGGUCUUGAGGGUGACCUGGGCAUGGAUGGACUAAUUGGGCAACAAGGAGAAGAAGGACUGAAGGGAAGCCAAGGGCCCCCAGGGACCACAGGAAUACAAGGUGAAAAGGGAGAUCAGGGAAGUGACGGGCCCCCAGGACCUCAGGGCUCUCCGGGAAUCCCAGGAAUACAGGGGCCUCCUGGAAUCCAGGGACCUCCAGGAAUCCCAGGACCAGAAGGACCAAAAGGACCCCCAGGACCUCCAGGUCUUCCUGGUGCACCCGGCCCCCCAGGACCUACUUUUAAUUUGAGUGCUGAAAGUCUAAAGCGUAUUUUCCCAUUUCCCGGACCAUGGGGUGAAGGAGGGCCCUUAGAUCUAUUACAGAGCUUGGAGGAGGAUUUGAGACUCCUGGCUGCUCCACCAAAUGGUUCCAAAGAAAACCCAGCAAGUACCUGUAAGGAGCUGCAUCUUGUACAACCACAGUUCACCGAUGGUUACUACUACAUUGACCCCAAUCAAGGGAGCCCUAAUGAUUCUUUCCUUGUUUACUGUAACUUUUCCGCUGAAGGAGAGACUUGUGUGCCCCCUCAACAGAGCCAGAUCGCGGUUAAACCAUGGCUCCAAAGUUACGAGUUGCAGGAAGGAUUCCAGUGGUUCAGCACACUCCCUGAGGGAUUCACAUUCAGUUACAGUGAAGCAGGCGUAGUGCAGCUGCGCUUUUUGCGGUUACAGAGCGUCACGGUACAUCAAACGGUGAGGUAUGUGUGCCAAGCCAUGAAAGGACACACUGCCAAGGACAAAGAUGUGAAGUUUUUGACCGACAUGCGGGAGCAAAGCUUUCUGGUGACGUUGCAAGGCUGCGCGUGGGAAGAAUCACUCAACCGGACUGACACUCUCCUCCAUUUUGCACCCUUGGACCUUUCUCUUCUCCCACUUCGAGAUUUAGCUUUGUUUAACGAUGGAGACUCACACCACCAUUAUGGUUUCAUAGUAGGACCCGUAUGCUUCAGCUAAGACCACGAGCCAUAAGUCUUGUGGACUUCUGAGGACUCCUUCCAAGAUCAAGGGUGGAAGACCCACACUAUUUAUAAAGGACAUUUUGUAACAUGGGUCCCAUUGAUCUUGGCUCUUUAUCCAACUCUCUCAGGAAGGGAGAACAUUUAUUGUUUACAAUGGAGUUUUUUCUUUUCUUUUUGGUGCUAAGAUCAAAUUCUCCAACAAAAUCUCCUGGUGAGAACGACACACAAACACACACCUCAUGACUUCCUGCGUGAAUAAUGUUUAUUGUGCAAUAUGUUCAAGGAAGAAUACUGUGGUACAAUAUAAAUAGACUAUUAAAAUGGUGCUACGGUUAUACUUUAUGUACACAAGUUGUUUACACAGCAAGAACAAUGUGCAGAACCUGUAGGUUUGAAGUACGGAAUACAGACACAUAGGCCUUGUGUAAAAAGUCCUCACAAAUAAAACUGGCAUAUCUUUAAAUAUGCUGUUUUGUUUGUUUAUUUAAAUUUUCCUGUUAAGUGUUUAACACAACAGACGAUCCAUAAACAGUAUUUGCAGAGAUAUUAUUUAAAAUCACCACCAAGAAUUCAUGUUACAAUAUAUUUUACAAUUAUUUUGAAAAAUAACAACUGUGGAUUGGUUUCCAGUUAAAAAGGAGACAAGGUCUUUAAUAUUAAAGUAAUUAUAUAUAUAUAUAAUGAGACAUUUUAUGAAAAUAAUUUAAAUUUGGAGCAAUAGCAUUCAACUAUAAAUAUAAAAAGUUGUAAUACGUCCGGUGAUUUGUGUAUAAACUAGCUAACGUUAUAACAAAAAACACACAUUCUAGGAUCUAAGCUGCACUAUUUAUGGUAAGAAUUACAUUUUUUGCCAGCGUGUAGAAAUUAAAUCUGUCAUUUCCAUUAAUAUAUAAGUGCCUUAUCUCCUCUACCAAAGUCUAUAAUCAUAAUUGCAUGAAGACUCAAGGUAAUGUACACUAUCCACUCUGAUCAAAAUACCCAAGUGUAAUCUUUCCUUCCUGAGUAGGGAACACACUCUGAUCCACUUUGUGUAUUUUCGAUGUAUACAUCCUAUGUGUAUGUAUUUGUGGCUUUUUUUGAGUCUGUAAUGAAAUUAUAUGAAAUGCAUUGUAUAUAUACAUAUAAAAAGACACAGUGUCUGCACUAAAUAAAUUUCCUUUUGUUAUACAAA